GGUAGGUUCCCCCAGGUGACAACAAUACAGACACCUUCCCGGCGGUGUUUGAUGUGAGCGGUACAACCGGUUGAGGCCGGGCCGCUAAGAACCUACCACGUACUAAACCCGGCACAGCACAGCGAUCAUGUAGCUCAAUGUUCAAGAAAAGGAGGUGAACGAGGCAAAAUGGCGGAAGACGCGGAGCGUAAGAUAUCGCUUGGAGACCUGGAGAAGAAGACUUCUGUAGACCACGGUGACGUCCCGACUACGACAGACGAUGACACCGAUACAGACGACAAGGAGAUCGAGCGACACUUGGGGAAAACUUCGUCACCGUCCAACAAAGGAACACAGAAGAACAGGAAAGGGCUGAAACUUGAGGGUCUGACCCAGGGUUUGUCGACGGUGCAAUAUGACGUGGAGAUGGUAGAUAGUAGGUCUGUCAGCCCCUGUUCUACCAACAAUGGUUCAUUCCGCUCCGAGGAUGGCCCGAGUGAUCGCCUACAGGUGCCUGACAGUCGCUCCUACACCGGUAGCCGCUCCAGUCCCUCUGGCAGCCAGAGCCCCAGCGAAAGAUCAGGCAGCCCGGCGCCGAUAUCCUACGUACGAGACAUCGGCGUAACCGGCACUUCAGACGAGGACAGCACCAGCAUAGACGUCACUCAGGAGUUCACGUACGAGAAGUUUGCGAAGGCGAACUACCAGGAAGGCACCAGGGCACACAGGCAAGUGGAACCUCUGCAUGAGCCACUCCUGCCAUACAAGACCAGGGAGGACAAACAGGCUGCGCUGGAGAACUUCAUUACAAUACUUCGGUUCAUGGGAGAGAUACGAGAGGAAAACGAGGAGAUCCCGGAUAAUGUGUCGCCCCGUGACAGUGUGUCCAGACAGAGUAGCCCGGCUCCAGGCUCCCCUACGCUGGACAGCCCGGUGAACUCUGCCCUGCGGAGGGCGCCACAGAUCGACCUGGGGCUGCUGGGUCUGUCUCCCGCAGAGAUUAAUCAGAUCUGUGUCAUCGUGGGGAACGGCAUCAUCAGCUCUAACCUCAGGACGGAGAUCUACUGCCAGCUGUGUAAGCAGUUGUCCAAGAACCCCUCCAGCAGAAGUCGAGAGCGGGGCUGGCUCCUCAUGUCCGCGUGUGUCAGCUGCUUCCUACCCUCACAUCAGCCUUACUUCCUGAAGUGCCUAGUAAAUUUUAUCCUGACUGCGGGAGGGAACAGAGCGUCCUUCUGUGAGAGGAGACUGAGAAGGACACUGGAGAACGGCACCAGGUCUCUUCCACCUUCAUGGUUCGAGUUGCAGGCAAUUUGCACCAUGAAGCCCCUGCAGGUACCUGUCACCCUGAUGGACGGAAACACAGUCAGGGUGCUGAUGGACUCAGCCUCCACCAUACAGGAGAUCACACAUCAGGUAGCCAAGAAGGUCGGCAUCAGGGACAAGUUUGGCUUCUGUCUCUACAUGACAGUGUCUCAUCAGGUGUAUUCCCUGGGAGAUGGACAUGAGUUGAUCAUGGACGACAUCGCAGAGAUUGAGCUGGGACUGAAGAACGUGAACAAGCGGGAGGUGUCCUGGGAGCUCUACCUCAGGAAAGAGCUGUUUGCACCGUGGCAGGACCCAAGUGACGACAAGUUUGCUGCAGAUCUAGUCUUCCAGCAGGUGGUGGGUGGGAUUCGCUUUGAGGAGUACAAGUGUGAAACGGAUGAAGACUAUGCAGACCUUGUGUCCAAAUCUUACUACAUAGACAGAGGCAAGCCAGCGUCUGUGGAGAGUAUCAAGAACACUUUACAUUUCUACCUUCCUGAAGACAAGUUUAAGUCCAGUAAGGAGGACUAUUGGGCACAACUCAUCUACGAUACAUUCCAAAAGUUACUAGAGGAAGACCCAGAGAUGACAGUUGACAAGGCGAAGGCAGCGGUUGUGAGACAGGCGAUGGUGGAAUGGCCGUUUCUCUUCUCCAGGUUCUUUGUCGCAGAGAAGUUCUGUGGCCCUGGCCCUGAUGGUGAGGAUGUGAAGCUGCACAACCUGAUUGUGGCUGUGAACUGGCGGGGUUUGUUCCUGCUAAAGGAGGCUCGGGCUGAAAACGGGAAACAACAGCUGCUACUGGAGCUGGAGUUCCGCCACAUCAACAAGGCUGUCUGCGAGAGAGGAGGUGUUUAUGUGAUGGUGCAGACAGAGGAAGGCGGAGAGUUUGUGUUUGAGAUGCCCGACGCAGAGAAACUACGAGAACUGGUCUCCCUGUUCCUGGGCAAAAAUGAAUACAGCAAGGACCUUGAAGCCUUGAUAGAAGCUAAAAAAGCCAAACGUCCCAAACCGCCCCCGCUAGAAAACAGCACAGGCGGUUUGACAUGGCUCUUGCAGCUCCCCCUGACAGCUUUGUGGGGUAUUGCAUCUGGCGUGAGAGAGGUGGUCAGAUUUCCCACCCGACUAUUUGACAAGGACAACCCACAACCCACUACUUAAAAAGAGUACCUGACACUGCUACUAACAAUGUAUGUCAGAUUAAACCAAAGAUAUCAACGAAAUUGUAAAUCUGAAAGAAAAUAUAUUUUAAUUCAGAGGUAUAAAAAGUAAUGUUUUAUUAUUGUUCAGGUUUAUUUGUUCAUGUUUAUACAAUGUAGACUGUCAUUUGACAGGUGACCUUAGUUUAUAAUAGCCAGUAGUUUCUGUGAUGGGAGAGACUUUGAGGUAAAUUUAUGGAGCGUGACCACUUGUCAUUUGAAAUGAAAAUAUCACAUUGAGUUCUAGUCUUUUCCUUUUUCAUCUUUUAGACACAAGGCUGCACCAAUUUA